CAGAAAACACACAGGUGAACUAGCUAUUUCGGGAUAAAGAUGAAAAGGAAGAAGAAUUUAGUGGAGGACAUCUCCACGCUUAUCACCCUCUCGGACCAUCCUGAAAAAGCCUACGGGAGCAUGGAGAUGAGUGCAGCACCUCAGGAAAACAAGAACGUGUUCAGUGAUGGGGUCACCCGGAUCGAUUUUGUCUUGGUGUGGGAGGAAUCUGUAAACCCCCUGAAGUUUGCAGAAUCAGAUGAAGUAUCGUCCGGUUCCUCUCGUGACACUCACAGGAAGUGGAGGGCAGAGUUUCUUUCCAGACUCCAGACUGCCGGCCUUCAUCAGGAGACGAAAGAGGUUUUGCAGGAAAAAACUAAGACAACUUACGUCCUUCUGAGUGCGCCCUGGAAUGUUCUGUGUUAUUAUGCAGAGGAGAUCAGCCUUCGAGUGCCAUUACAGGUUGUGACUACUCCGAUAUCAAACUGGUCUGAGAAGAUCCUAGAAAAACUGCACAUCCCGAACAUAAUGGCACAAGAUGUGCCUAACCUUCCGCCGGACUACUACACCUGCCAGUUCCACACCAAUAAACUAGAGAGGUUUCUUGGUCAUGAAAACAAGGAUACCUUUUUCAAGACCACACAGAGGCAUCAGAUACUGUAUGAGAUAUUAGCCAGGACUCCAUAUGGAUCGUUGAAGAGAGGGGAGGUUGGCAUUGGCAGACUGGUUAGUGAGCACGUUCUCACUGCUGCUUUUCCCUUACAUGAGGGUCCAUUUGAGAUGCCAGAGACUCCAGUAGAUCCACAGUCUCUCAACAUGAGACAGAUCCUGCAUCACUACUGGGCUCGCUGGGCUUGCUGGAGGAAGUACCAACCUCUGGAUCACAUUCGUGAAUACUUUGGCGAAAAGAUAGCUCUCUACUUUGCAUGGUUAGGUUUCUACACAGGCUGGUUAUUACCAGCAGCAGUAGUGGGUUUUAUUAUUUUUCUAUUUGGCAUCUGGCUGAUGAUCACUGAUGUGGCAGCAGAAGAACUUUGCUCCAGUGGAGGCGCAUUUGUCAUGUGUCCACUAUGCCACAUCUGCAGCUACUGGAAUCUCUCCAGCAUCUGCUAUACUUAUAAGGCAGGCUUACUAUUUGACAAUGGAGGAACUGUGUUCUUCAGUAUAUUCAUGUCUCUGUGGGCCGUCACCUUCCUGGAGUACUGGAAACGCACAUGCUCCAUACUGUCCCACCGAUGGGACUGCUUCGAAUUUGAAGAAAUAGAGGAGAGGCCAAGACCAGAAUUCACAGCAUUGGCACCCAUGACGGUUCGUAAUCCUGUGACUGGGGCUGAAGAACCCUAUUUCCCAGAGAGUCAACGACUGAGUCGUACUCUAACUGGUAAUAUGGUCAUCAUUCUAAUGAUUGCCAUUGUUUUGAUAUUCCUAAUAGCCAUUAUCCUGUAUCGAACUAUCCUAAGUAUCAUUAUCUACAGAUCACAGAAUGAGUUCUUCAUAAUUUUCGUAAGUUUCUUUGAAUUUAUUUUGAUUCCUGAACAGAUUAUCUUUUGAUACCUGACCAAAUUAUCUACAUAGUGA